UCCGCGAGCAUCUACAUCUUCCCUCAAGAGUCGAGCUCUUUCACAUUCGUUACCUACCUACCAGUCCGAACCCUUGUCAAUCUUUUCUAAAAGUUAUUUUCUUCGUGUCCUUCGACUUUCUACACAUUUGUCUCUCGGGAAGAACGACUACCAACACAACAAUCAUGCAUUUCUCUACAAUCACCGCACUCUUGUCUGCCGCAUCUCUAGCGACCAGCACGCCCAUCACUCGACGUGCCGCAACCGUCGACGAGCUCGUAGGCUAUGCCGCUGGCACGACAGGCGGCGGCUCUGGCUCCGGAACAACUGUUUCAUCGUGCUCCGAACUCACGGCAGCAGCCAAGAAUGGCGGCGUCAUCAAGGUCAAGGGAAACUUGAAGGGAUGCGGCAUCGUUAAGCUCGUGAGCAACACAUCCGUGUUGGGCGUUGGUAGUGAUGCGGGUAUCGAGGAGGGUGGUUUCAAAAUCAGGAAGAUUGAGAACGUGAUUGUGCGCAAUCUCAAAUUCACCAAGUCCCCUGAGGGAAUGGACUUGAUCGACAUCGAUGCCGCCACCAACGUGUGGAUUGACCACAACGACUUCUCCAACGUCGGCAUCACCGGAGACAAGGACUUCUACGACGGUCUCCUCGACGCAAAGCACGGCGCCGACAGUCUGACCUUCUCCUGGAAUAAAUUCCACGACCACUGGAAGGCCUCGCUCAUCGGACACUCCGACUCCAACGCCAGCGAGGACAAGGGCAAGCUCCGCGUCACCUACCACCACAACCACUGGACCAACGUCAACUCUCGUCUCCCGUCCAUCCGCUUCGGUACCGCGCACAUUUACAGCUCUUGCUACGAAGAUAACGGUGUGUCUGGCAUCAACUCGCGCAUGGGUGCCCAGGUCUUGGUCGAAGCAUCUGACUUCAAGGGUACCAAGAGGGCCAUUGUCACGGAUUUGGAUUCCAAGGAGGAGGGGUUCGCGGUGGAGAAGGAUAACUUGUUCGAUGGAGCUAGCAAGCCCGAGAUCACCCAGCAGGGUAGCUUGGAGGUUCCUUACAAGUACACUAUUGACGCUGCUGAGGGCAUCUGCGCGAUUGUCAAGAAGAGCGCCGGUGUUGGCGUUGUGACCUUCUAA